CAGCAGUUGGAUCCGGGAGAUUGGGUUGUCUGGGUCGAUCCGCGGCAGAUUCGGCAGUUGUUCAAGCAUAAACCGAAGACCAGACAUGGAGGGGAGCAGCUGGGCUACGACUCGGACUUGGAGAGGAGGAGGGGAAGCAGAAGGCUGAAGAAGCGGAGACAA